AUGGGCAAGCUCCUCGCGCUCGAGCUGUACAAUUUCAAGUCGUACCGCGGCCACCAUGUCCUCCAAUUCGGCGACAGCUACUUCACCUCCAUCAUUGGUCCCAAUGGAUCCGGCAAGUCCAACUCCAUGGACGCGAUUUCUUUCGUGCUGGGAAUCAAGUCAUCGCAUCUCCGCUCCACCCACCUCAAGGACCUAGUCUACCGCGGCCGUGUUAUGAAAAGCGCCAAGAUCAACGCAGAUGGCACAGUCGCAGAAGAGAUUCCAAAUGGACAUGCCAAUGAUGAUGCGGAUGGCGGCGCGUCUGACGAAGAGGAGAUCGAUAUGCCUCAAAGUCAGCGCAAUGACCCCCAGACCGCAUGGGUUAUGGCUGUAUAUGAAGAUGAUGCCGGCGAGGAGCAGCGAUGGAAGCGAAGCAUCAACGCAGCGGGUCAGUCCGAAUAUCGCAUCAACAACAAGCCAGUCACUGCGAAAGCAUACAACGAGUCGCUGGAAGCGGAGAACAUCCUCAUCAAGGCACGCAACUUUCUCGUCUUCCAAGGUGACGUUGAAGCCAUUGCUGCACAGUCACCGAAGGAUCUCACACGUCUCAUUGAGCAGAUCAGUGGCUCACUCGAGCACAAGGCCGACUAUGAGCGGUUGAAAGCAGAGGCCGAGCGAGCGGACGAGGACAUGCGUUACAAAAUGAAGAAUCGCCAGGGUAUCAAUCACGAGAUCAGAGAAUAUCAAAAGCAGAAAGAGGAGCUAGACAAGUAUGAGCAAACUCGAGACGAGAAAGAUGAGGCUGUCAUCACGCACAUUCUGUGGAAGCUCUUCCACUUCCAGCGCACAAUUGACGAGAGUACUGCCGAAAUCGCAAAGCAUCAGGCAGAGUUGAAGGAGUAUCGGCGCAGCGUGCAAAAGUAUCAAGAUAGGCUGGACGCUGUCAAGACCGAGCAAGCUAAAGCGGGUCGCGAGGUCAGCAAGUGCGAGCGUGAGAUCAAGCGCAAGGAGAAAGAGGUGGAAGAGAAGGAGAAUCAACUCAUUCCCAUUGACGAGAAGCUGUCGAUCCAUGCGAACAAUAUGAAGGCAUACAAGACCAAGCUUGCCUCCAUCACCGAAGAGCGUGACGGCAUGAGGCAAGAGCUCGAAAAGAGGGAGAAAGAGCUUCAGACUGUUCAGAAAGCACAGAAGCGGUGGGAGGAGAAGUGGCACGCCGAGCAGCAGAAUGCCGGUCGAGAGUUGACAGCACAAGACCUGUCAGAGUAUGAUCGUCUGCGUAGAGAAGUCUACAAGCGCACUGCUGGCGACCAGAACAAAGUGGACAACAUUACGCGCCAGCUGAAAACCGAUGAAGAGACGGUUGCCUCACUGAAAUCUAAGGUGGACAGCACCGAAGCGACAGUGAACAGUCUGCAAGACGAGAUUGGCGGUUUGGAACAUCGACGUGGCGACCUGCAAAAGGCCAUCAAGUCGACUGGCAAAGAGAUCGAUUCCAAGAAGGUCGCAAUCAAUGCCAUCAUCAGUGAUCGAGAUCGUACCGACCAGAAGCGCCGCGAAUUGGAAGAGAAGCUCUUUCAAGCCCUUACGAAACUGGGCGACGCUCAAGGAUACCAGCGAGAGACACAGAAGGAAGCUGCUCAGUCAGAGAUGAUUCGACAACUGCGACAAAUUUAUCCUGGUGUCAAGGGUCAACUAGGCAGACAAUGCCGACCAAAGCAGAAAAAGUACGAGACUGCUGUGUCGACCGUGCUCGGUCGCCAUUACGAUUCCGUCAUUGUCGAUUCGGAGAAGACUGCAAGAGAGUGUAUCAAAUAUCUCAAGGACGCAAAGCUUGGACUGAUCACAUUCAUUCCGCUGGACACGAUCAUUCACAAGCAAGCUAACGCCAAUCUGCGUGGGAUGCAUCCAGGCAUGCGUCUGGCCAUUGACACAAUCGACUACGAUACCAACUUGGAGCGAGCCAUGAGCUUCGCUUGUGGUAAUGCUAUCGUGUGUGACAACAUCGGGAUCGCAAAGACCUUGGUAUACCAACGUGGCGUCGAUGCCAAAGCUGUCGCUCUGGACGGCACAGUCAUUCACAAGGGUGGUAACAUUACAGGUGGUGAUGGUCCCGGUGACAAGAAGCGGAAAUUUGACGAUGCUGAAGUGGACAACCUCAAACAGCUCGUGGAGAAAUUCAGAGGCGACAUUGAAGCGCUGCCGAAAGGACACAAACGACAGGCAGAUGAAGAGCAGCUUCGAUCUGAAAUCGAUGGCCUGGAAGCCAAGCUAAAAUAUGACCGGGAUGAGCUGCAGACCAUCGAGCGCAACCUGGCGAGCAAGAACAAGGAGCUGAAGUAUCACAGGUCGCAGCUGGCGCAAAUCAAGCCUCAGUAUGAAGAGCAGGCGCGUGGCGUGGAGACUCUGCGUGAGACUCUAGAAGAAAGCAGCGCUGAAGUGGCAGAGGCCGAAGACGAGGUAUUUGGUGCCUUCUGCCAGCGGCUGGGCUAUGCGAACAUUCGCGAGUACGAGAAGCAGCAAGGCGCCCUUCAAGACGAAGCGCUGCUGAAACAGUCAGAGUUCAAGAAGCAACUCUCGCGACUUGAGAACCAGCUUGCCUUUGACCGGCAGCGAUUGCAGAGCGUAGAAACCCGACUGCGGGACACAGAAUCGAAGAGCAAGCGGGACGAAGACGCCAUCAAGACACUACAAGCACAGAAGAACGCCAUUGCUGGCGAGCUUGAGUCGCUCAAUGAGGAACUGGAGGCUUUGCAGACAUUAUUGGCCGAUUACCAGAAAGAGAAUGAUGAGCGCGCAGAAAAGGUGCAGGAGGCUCGUCGAGAAUUGCAAAAGCGAAGCAAAGGCCUUGAGGCGACCGAGAAGGAGAUUUCAAACUUGCAAGUCGAGAUUCAAAAAGCUUCCGCCGAGCGUUACGGUGUGCUGAGGAAGUGCAAAGUGGAAAACCUUUCACUACCUCUAGAACAGGGCAGUCGCAAACUUGAAUCUCUCCCGCAAGAGGAUGAGAUCUUGCAAGAGGAGGAAGAUGCCAUGGACAUUGACGAAGACAGUGCUGCUCCUGUCAAAGUCAAUGACUACGGCAUCCACGUCAGCUUCGAAAAGCUCGACGAGGACCUUAAGGAGGACCCCAGCGAAGAAUGCGAAGCCGGACUGUGCGAGAAGAUCAACGAGCUACAAUCGCAACUCGACAAAAUGGCACCCAACAUGCGCUCAGCAGAACGUCUGGAAGCGACGGAAGCUCGCAUGGCCGCUACCGACAAGGAAUUCAAAGACGCAAAAGAUCUUCGAACAAAAGCCGAGAAAGCUUUCGCGAAUGUCAAGGAACAGCGCUCUUCGCUCUUCAAAGCAGCAUAUCGCCACAUCUCCGAACAAAUCGGACCUGUCUACCGCGAACUCACCAAAACCCAAUCUUUCCCUCUCGGAGGCUCCGCUUCGCUCGAUGUCGAAGAUGAAGAAGAACCAUAUCUUUCCGGGGUCAAGUACCACGCCAUGCCACCUCUCAAGCGGUUCAGAGACAUGGAACACUUAUCAGGAGGAGAGAAGACGAUGGCCGCAUUGGCUCUGCUCUUCGCCGUACAUACGUUUGCGCCUUCUCCAUUCUUUGUGUUGGAUGAAGUUGAUGCUGCGCUGGACCAUGCGAAUACGACACAGUUGGCGCAGUAUGUGCGAGAACAUGCUGGACCGGGUAUGCAGUUUGUGGUGAUUUCGCUCAAACCGGGACUUUUCGAGAAUAGUGAGACUUUGGUGGGGAUUAUGAGGGAUCAGGCUGUGAAUAGCUCGAGACCUUUGACGCUUGAUUUACGCAAGUACCAGCACGCCUAGUAGAUCGAGGUUCUUGAAAAGCUUCCUUCUAUAUUCGAAGAACAGCGAAGGCGUUACUGGGUAAUGAUGGAAGUAUUCUUUUCUUCGAGUCGAUGGAUCUAUUACUGGAGCCGAUGAAGAGGAUCUAUCACGGAUCACAAGAAAGUCCGUUGAAGUCCAUAUGGUUUGUGAAAAGGCGAAGAAGCAUAGCUAGUAGCUUCAAAUGUCAACGGUUCCAAGGUCAACUGUUAGCUCUGCCG